AUGAAGAAGACUGUGGCAGACGUUCUGUUUUCUCGCCGCCCGCGAGGGCGCAGCAGGCGGCCCAAAAGCCGUCUCGUGUCUUCCAGCGCCGCGCGAGGUCCGACGCACGGGGCCGCGGAGGGUCGGUGCCCGCGGCGCAGCAGCCUGCAGGGUACCAACGGCCUAGGUCUUUUCGCCUCGCUUCCGCUCUCUCGUCUGCCUGCCCGUUCUACGCCUCCGUCGCUUGCGCCCUCCCCGCUGCUUCCGAGCGACCCCCCCUCGCCCCACCUCUCUCCGUCCUCGCCUCUGCCGCCCUCCCGCUGCGGCCUCGCCGACCAGACGCCUGCCUCUCGCCCCGCCUUACCCCGCGCCUCACUCCGCGCCUCUCCCCACGCUUCUCCCCACGCCUAUCCGUAUUCGUCUUCCCACGCAUCUCCACCCAACUCGCCGCAUAUUUUCUGCUCGCAGCAGGCGCCGCACUCUGCGUGUGUGCCUGCGGGCGCUCUGGAGGCUGACUCUGGCGGCGCGUGGCGUCCAGUGAAGCGGAGCGUCGAGAAGGGCGUGGCGUACAAGAUUUAUUCGCAGAGCUUCUGGGCGGGUCGCGCGACGGCGGACGACAUCUGCAUUCCUCUGCACGUGAGCAAGGCGGUCUUCGGGACGAGUCUGAGCCGCAAGAAGGGCUGGGUGACCUGGUAUGACAGCCGCACGCACCGCCUCGCGGCGACUUCCAUCUUCCAGUGGGUCGCCGAGUCCCGUGCGCUCUUCCUGCUCUCGCUGCAGGACGCCGAAGCCGGCAGCAAGGCCCGCGGCGCCGCGCGCCAGAAGGCCGCCAGCCUGCUCCGGACGGUCGGCGAGGAGGACGAAGAGGCUCUCGAAGGCGGCCAGCCAGAAGAGGCUGCCGGAGGCAGCGGACCGCCGACCAAGGGCGCGGGGGGGAUGCGCGAAACCGCGCCGCUGCAGGAGGGAGGCGACGCGAAAAAGCGCGAGGACCCAGAGGCGGAGGAGACAGCGUUAUGGGCGAGCCAGCCUGCGGCAGACAGCGGGCGGGUCGAUCUCCAAGAAGGCGCGGAGGCCGCCGAGAGGCCGCGCGACACCGAGGGGCCUCUGACGGCGACGGGGGGCGCAGACAAGGCGAGCUUUGAGGGCGCAGAUGAGCCACGGGGAGAUGCGGGCGGAGGCGUUGCUGGGCAACAGGGCCCCGGGGCCUUCCCCUCCUCCGAGUGCGACCCGCCCGAGAGUUUCACACGUUUCCUCCUGGCGGUGUCGUGUCCUGCCUCGCCCGUCCUCUCUUCAUUUUCCGCUGCCGAGGCGGUGAGCAGCAUCUCGACAGCGCCCAGCUGUCCGUCGUGCGGCUGCGAAGGCCCGUUUCUCCAUCGGUCUUCGUCCUCGCCCUCGUCGCCGUUCCCGUCGUCGCCCUCUUGCUCGCCUCCAGUGCGAAGCGCGCUGCAGGCGACGCAGGCGGCGGCGCGCGGGGGGGCGCUCUCGCGGUCGCUCGCGCGGACACUCUACGUGUUUGUCUUUCUCCACGGGCUCGCGCCGCCGGGGGUUGACUCCGACGUGACGGAGAACUGGGGAAAUCUGAUCGCGGCGCUGCUGGAGAAGUUCCCCGAGAGCGACCUGCAGACGCGCCGCGCCGAGCAGCCCAUGGUGCUCACUUGGGCCUUCACGUAUCGCCGCGAGACCUUCCAGAGCAUCGGCGCCUGCAUGGAGGCACUCGUGCCCGCGCUCACCAACGAACUUGCAACUCUGCUCCCCUUCUUCGACACAGUCCACGUGACCGGCGUCGGGCACUCCAUGGGCGGACUCAUUUGGCGCUUUCUUCUCGACAAAAAACUCAAAGACCUUCCUCUCUUCCCCUCCAUGCGACCUGGAGCCUCACGCGAACGGCACGCCCGCCCAGCGAGUGUCCGUGCCCCGACGGGCGCAGCCUCCGGCCCUGGAGGCGCGAGACCCGGUCGCUCGACCCGGGAAGGGACGUGGCGCGGACCCGUGGGAGACGCACCGCAGCAGAGUCCCGCGGGUCGCCCCGCGACAUGCGACGAAGCGGGGUGUGAAGCCGGGGAAGAAGAACGGGGCUGCACACCUCGCACCGCCCAGCAUUGUGGCUCGUUCUCGGGAACCGCCGGCGAGGACACAAGGCACAAAAAGCGCGCACUGGCCUGCCUGCCCUUCCGUCGGCAGUUUGUGUCGGGUUCACGCAAACACGCCUGCACGUCGGCUGCGUCUCCUCCGGCGACAAGUGGUCGGGCGCCUUCCGUGCUUCGCCGGCAUCCGUCUCAGCCAGACACGGCCUGCCAGCCUGCUGCUGAGGGAGGGAGUGCCUUUCCUGCGGCGAGCUCUGCGGAGGCGCCGCGGCCGCGCGUCUCGCUCGCGUGGCAGACCCCCCCCUCUGGCGCGUGCGAGGGGUUCUCAGGGACGAGUGAGCGUCUGCGGCCGGAAGUUUUUGAGCUGCUUGAAAAUGUCCUGAACGACCCCAAGGUCGUUCUCGACGUCUUCUGCACGCUCGCGUCACCUCACGUGGGCGCGUACAAGUCCAAGUCGUUCAUGCGCGCCGUGCCAAGAGCUUUGUCCUUCAUGAGCUGCCUGCCGGUGAGCGAGAUCGCCAAGGAGAUCCUGAACGCUGACGACCCGCAGCUGAUCAGGUGCCUCGUCGAACACGAGCGCGACGGCCAGAGUUGGCUGCCGUUCCAGGGUUCCGAUGAGCGCAGGCGCAAGGAAACACGCGGCGACCUGUGCGCCGAGAAGGCCGAGGGCGAAGAGGAAGCCGCCAGACACACCCACGACUCGCUGGGCUGCGACGAACGCCACUCUUUUUUUUGCGCCCACCAGCGCUACGAGCGGGAUCGCAGGCGCCUCAACCGCGCGGGCGAGCGAGACGGCGACAGACGGCAAGGCGAACGCAAGAGCACCCUGCCCAGGCUGCGGAAGCUCGACACGGCGUGCGUGUGCAGGCGAAGGGCGUCAUCGCGAUUUGCAAGUCGUCUCACACAUCGCCAGGCCCUCGCCGGCAGGCACCCCGGCCUCGCCCCGGCGCAGCAUAGCUUUGCGCCGUGCGUGGCACGGAGAGAAUGCCGCCGGCGCGCGUGCCGUCUGCGCGGCGUCCGCACCCACCCCGCCUCCGUGCCUCCGGUCCUCCCGCUGGAGGCCUCCGCCCGUUUCAGAUCCUCGGCGUUUUUUGCUGGGAAGCCACCAGGCAGCACCUCGGGCGCAGCAGCAGCCGCCGUCUCGCCUUGUCCCUCCGGUGCGCACGGCUGUCCGCACAUAUCAGUGUCCGCAGCGUCUUCAGGCGCCAACGAGGAGGCAGAGAAGACUCCUCGAAAGACCUUCAGGUGGGUGUUAUUCUACGGCGUCCUCGGCACCGACUGGCUCGUCAGCGCGAACAGCGCGCUCGGCACCUCGCUGAACUUGCGCUUGACGUCGACGGGCGAGGAGGCGCUGCGGCACCCGAUGCGCCCGAUCGAGCUUUCUGCAGAGAGCGCGGAUGCCGCCGGCCUGUCCCGCCGAAGGGAGCCCUGGAGCAGCGGGGCUGCGGGGGCGGAGGCCCGCGAGGACGCCGCCGCGGAGGAGGGCGGGGGGCGGAUUGCCGCGAAGAGGAAGGCGAGCUCGUGUUCUGCCACAAAAAGGCCGCGCGAACGCGCAAGAGAGGAGACAAGGCGACACCCGGGGACGUCGCUCUUGCGAAGGAGCAAGUGGAAGUGCUCCAGAGCCUGCAGCACCUCAAGCGGUUCGUCGUGUAUAUUCCGCAGAAUCCGGUCACGACGGCAGCGCAUGCCACGAUAA